GCGAGCGACCGGAAAGGAGGAGGAAGGCUGGGGAGAGAGGACUGGAAGGGGAUAGGAGUAAGAGGGGAGAGAGAGAGAGAGAGAGAGAGAGAGAGAGAGAGAGAGAGAGAGAGAGAGAGAGAGAGAGAGGAGUACAGAGGGUUUGUUGCUAGUCGUUCAGCUAUGGCGCAGAGCGUGCAUGAGACGGUCUUUCUCCCGCCUCCACAGGCUUCUGGUGGAGGAGGAGGAGGAGGAGGAGGAGGAGGAUUUAACAGGAGGGGAAAGAAAAGGGGAAUGACGGCGUCGUCGUCGGGGAUGAUGGGUAAUCAAGUACUGAUGGCGAUGGGAAUGGAAGAGUCCUCCAGUCUAGAGGUAUCAGGCUUCGCAUGCCGGUUUUUCGAGGAUGAGAAUCUGGCCAGAUACGUGGAAUCUGGCGCCUGUUUCGUGCCAUGGAAGGGAAAUGAACAUCUGAAGAUUGACAGAUAUGAUGUGCGUCAUCUCCUUGAUGAUCUCAGUUUCCUAAAUAGGAAAAAACGAGGUGGUAGAAAAUCACCUGUGCCUGAUGACGUGGAUGAGGAGCAGCUUGAUAAGGAAAGAUACUUCGACCUGCAAUUGCAGCAGCAGCAGCAGGAAGAGGGGGCAAUUGAACCCUCGUCGUAUUCUCCCGAGCAUCCCCCAGAAGAAGAGAGCUCGAAGAGGCAAAGGAUGGAAAGCCAUAGGUAUGCGGCUAUUGGUUUCUCGUACGACACUCAGCAGGUGCCUGACCGGAACAUGGAAGAAGCACACAGAGUGGGAAGAGAGGGAGACGAGGAGGCAAGGCCGCCGGCAGCCUCCUCCUCCGUAGAAGAGGCUUUCAUGCCUGCAGCAGCCUCUACCGUAGAAGAGGCGUAUGUUCCGCCAAUUCCCGUGCCGCAUCAUUUGAGAAACAGGAUGUCCGAGUUGGCAAACCUUCAGCGGGCUGUGCGGAACCAUAAGACUCAGCAUGAGGAUGCCACACGGGCACUGGACGCCCGUGUACUGGACCUGGAACAGGCUGUACCAGGACCAGCUGCCGGGGCUUCCAGCAGUGCAUCCUCUAGCCGCCAACUGGAGGAACGCGUUGACCACGUAGUGGCAAUGCUAGGAGACAUAAGUGCCUUCACAGAGCUGGCCACCAUCAGCCAGCGGUUCGAGUUGCUGGACACUAAGAUCAGUCAGCAACAGCAGACCGACCACAGCCACAACAACAGCUCGGCAAGGCCAUACAAGAUGCCGACGUUCCGGAUCGAGAAAUUUGAUGACUACACACAUCAAGACCCGGUCGUCUGGUGGCAAGGAUUUACAACGGAGUUGGGGAUCCACGAGUUGUUCAUCAACACCAAGCGAGGAUGUCAGAUCUGGCUCAGCCACAUGGCAACCAUCCACGACGUCCAGGUUUCAGACCUACACAAGAAGGUCUCCUGGGCGGAUAUGACAAAGGAAUGGAAGAAGCGGUUCAUACUCGGGAAACUGAGCUCCGCGGAAGGUGAGGUGACUCCACCUUCCACUCCGCCAGAUUCGUCCGCCUUGCUAGCAGCCUCCUGCACAUCUGGGGAGGACGCGAAUGUCGCAAGUUCUCGUUACUCUUACGAGGACGAUGCUGUCUACUUGGUUCCACCGCUGGACCAGCCGCUCCACGUGCAACAGUCCAUCGCAUGCACGGUUUCAUCACCAUCGGCAACAGAUUCGGCACCUUCGCUGCAAUCUAUCGCCGGGGAUUCGACGUCAUGGUCAAGACUUGAUGAGCUCGACCCGUUGACGUUCACGGACUUCCAGUGGAUGCCCGUUCCCUCGACCGGACGAUUGCCGAAACCGCAUUGCAAUGUGCUCAUGGCACAACUGCGGGACUACUUGCACACUGCAGUACCAGCUCCGUUGAUGGACGACGGAGUAGAGGUUGUCAACCUUCACGAGUACAUCGCGAAGAUUGAUCGCGAGUUCAAGACGCAACGAUACGACGACAUCGACGCACCAUUGCUAUACAUACGCAUUCAGAUCGGUGAGGCGACCUGCAGUGCGAAGUCCCAGCCUACACAAGUCACGUUGGCAGACGGUCAUACGCACAAGUCAAUCGACCGGUGCAUUGACGCCGUCCCCGUGUACUUUGCCCCUCACGCAAGUGAGGCGGUGUCCUUUGACAUUCUGGACACCAAAUUUGACAUGAUCUUGGGCAUGUCAUGGCUGCGAAGCGAGGAUCACCCGGUGAACUUCUUCAACCGCACCGUUCACAUUCGUGAUCGGAACGGAGUACUAGUUCCAUGCACGGUGCCUCUUCCUCAUCCUUCUAUCAACUGCCAUGUGGUAUCCGCCGCAAGCAUGCGAGCAUCCAUCAUCAGAGACGACAUCGAGGAGAUGGGGGUAUGUUUUCUCCACGCCCUCCCGCCCCGAGACGCUUCAUCGACGGACUCAUCUUCGGAUCCACGCAUCACCGAGCUUCUCGAUGCUUACAGCGAUGUGUUCGAAGGCCCGCACGGAGUAGUACCGGAUCGGCCCAUCCGCCACGAGAUCAUCCUCGAGGACGGGGCCGUACCUCCGCGCGGCUGUAUCUAUCGAAUGAGCGAGGAAGAGUUAAGUGUGCUCCGUGCACAACUCGACGAUCUUCUAGAGAAAGGUUGGAUUCGGCCUAGCUCAUCGCCAUACGGUGCUCCUGUCCUCUUCGUCCGGAAGAAGAACAAGGACCUGCGGUUGUGCAUCGAUCAUCGCAAGCUCGACGCGCAGACGAUCAGGAACGCCGGACCUCUCCCACGCAUCGACGACCUUCUCGAGCGAUUGGGCGGCGCCCAGUUCUUCUCUAAGCUGGAUCUCAAGUCAGGGUACCACCAACUCGAGAUUCGCAAGGAGGAUCGCUAUAAGACCGCGUUUAAGACACGGUAUGGGCAUUUCGAAUGGCUGGUCAUGUCGUUUGGCCUUACGAAUGCCCCAGCCACUUUCCAAGCGGCUAUGACAACGGAGUUCCGACACAUGCUGGAUCGGUUUGUACUCAUCUACCUCGACGACAUCUUGGUGUAUAGUCGGAGUUUGGACGAGCAUGUGGAACACCUGCGCACCGUUUUGGAGCGGUUACGACAAGCCAAGUACAAAGCAAACCGCGACAAGUGCGAGUUUGCACACCAGGAGCUGGAAUACUUGGGACACUAUGUGACGCCGCAAGGCAUCCGUCCGCUUGCGAACAAGAUCGAGGCCCUACGAGUGUGGCCCGAGCCCACCAACACCACAGACGUUCGUUCAUUCAUGGGAUUGGCGGGCUACUAUCAGCGAUUCAUCACCGGGUACUCCAAGAUUGCUGCACCUAUGACGAGGUUACAGUCGCCAAAGGUGCCAUUCGUAUUCGAUGAUGCCGCACGCCGGUCAUUCCAAGCACUUAAGACGGGUAUGCUCAUGGCACCUGUCCUUAGCAUCUAUGACCCCACCCUGCCGACGCGAGUGACUACGGACAUUCCGGCUAUGGCAUUGGGGCAGUCUUGGAAUAGCACGACGGCGAUGACUGGCACCAUAUUGCUGGCAAUGGAGAAGAAGAGAACAAAAAGAGCAGGCCGGUUGGGCGAGAGGGGUGGGGGGGGUGGGGGGAAUGGGGGGGGAAUUAGAGGGUAUGUACGAUUAGGCGAACAGCCAGGCCAGGCAGAAAUUGUUCUCCGUGUGAAGCAUGCGGACAACCCAAAUUUUGGCUUCCUUCUGCCCAAUCAUCAUCUGCAUCCUUAUUUCCGGUAUCUUGUGGAGAUCGAAAAGGGAGGGAUAAAUCCGGAGAAGCGUCCUGCACGAGAUCGUGCUCAGAGUAGUGUGGUGGCAGCUCAGAGCAGAGGUUCCGGAAGAGGUGGCGGAUCUGCCAUGUCUCUUUUAGGAGCCACUUAUGGUGAGGAUGAAGAUGAGGAUAGUGAUACCAGCUCAGCAAGUGAGGAAGAGCAUAUGGAGCUGCAGCAUACCGAAGUUGGAUUGUCGGUAGGUAAAGAGAUAAAGGAAAACUCAAUGGAUGAUUAUGGUAUAGAGAGAAGCCAUGGGGGUAACAUGGAGGAAGAGGAGCAAGAGCGAAAGGGCAGGAAGGAGGGAGAGGAAAUAAGUGUGAGGGGGGAAGAGGCGAAGGCGGCGGGGAAGAUGGAGGGGGGUGAGUUGGAUGACAAGUUGGAGGCGAAGGGUGAUGACAGAAGAAACAUUUGCAACAGACUGGCAAAAGUGACUGAGGAGGGCGGGAAUCAACACAAAGGAAGAGAGAGAAAGCACUACGAGCUGGAGCAGCUAGAAGGACUGGCAGACAAGGAGAGAGUGGAGGCAGAGAGGAGGCUAUCUGAAGUGAAGGCGAGGUGUACAGAUGCACGAGGCCAGGAUAUGGGAAGCGAGGAAGAAAGAGGGAUGGUUAGAGAGAAUGCAGCAGCUAUAUAUCCCAAGGAUGAGGUUAGGGCAGGAAGCGUGCCAGUAGCUGGGAAAGUGGUUGAAGCGAGCAUCACAUUAAGACAUGCACCAGAUCUUGUUUCAAAGCGAACUGGAGCACACCAAGAAAGGCGGACUGAAGUGGUGGCGCAAGGGAAAGACGGGGGUGUUAGUCCUACGUGCUCAGUUGUUGUCAGAGGAGCAGGUGCGGAACACAGGACGGUCGCUGUUGAAGCGUCACAUAGUGGUGGUGCAGAGGCAAGCGGGGAGAGAGGUGGAGAGGGAAACAGUCGUCUCACAAACGAAGCUGCUGUAUCUACUGUAUCUCUUGCUGAUGGCGCACACGUGGGCAGUUCAGCUAAUAAGGCAAAUGGUUGCGACGUAGUUCCCCUGAAGCCUCAUCUGGUCGAGAGGAGCAGUAAGUCAGCAGGGUCUCGUGCUGCAGCUCACGAGUCGACCAUGGCUGGUGCGGAGUGUGUGGCAGACGUGGUGACCCAGGAAGAGGCUGGUGUUGAACGGGACGAACCUUAUCUUGCUGUCAUUCCACCACCUGAACUCGUGCGUCGAAUCAUAGAGAAGAUGGUGGAGUACAUCGCACGCAAUGGGAAGGAGUUUGAGGCGAUCAUCCGUGAUCGAGAUCGAGAAGAUGGACGCUUUCCCUUCCUUGUCCAGGGGAAUGAGUAUCAUGGGUUCUACUUGGACAGGCUCAACACAAUGUUGCAGCUGAAGGCCAAACAAGCAGCAGCAGCUUCUGCGGGUUCUCACGGUGCGCAGGAAAGCAAGAAUGCGGGAGAGGAUGGAGACGAUAAUCAAGCACCCCCAAACUUGUCGGCAGACUCAAAAGGAAAUGAAAAUUCUGACCACACCGAGUUGCAAAUCGCAACAUAUGUGGCUGCGUCUGAUGUGGCAGAAGUGCAGGGUCCGGGUUGGGGAGACGAGCAAGAGUCCGCUGAUCAAUGCCGAGGAGGUGCUCCUGAAGGACAUCAGCCAGCACCUGCCUCAGAGUGUGUAGGUGGUUUGUGGGAGCACGUGCCCCAAGAAGAGGACAAGAAGGCGGAUGAAGAGGAGACAGAGCAGCAAGAGAAAGCUGCUCUCGAACUUCCGGAUGAGCUAAAUGAACCUCAGGUGGACACCGAGGAAGGAGACUUGAAGGGGGCUGGGCAUUCUCCGGGACCAAUACAUUCAGUUCGAGAACCACGUUCUGACAGCGAGCCCUCUGAGGGUCUCAGCCCCGAAGCUGCAGCUGCUGCAGUGGCAGCGGUGACUCGGCGAGGGAGAGGACGGGUGAGGGAUAUCUUCUCUGACUUUGGCCUCGUCUCUGAACGUGGGUUCAGCCAUUGGGGUAUUUCUGGGGAUAUGCAUGAUUCGACCCCAGAAGAUGCUGUCCCUCUUCUCAACAAUGAGAAGGUGGGUCUUUUCCAACAGACAGAUGCGAUUGCUGUCAGUUCUCCUCUUUUGAAAGGCGGACAGGAACCCGAUCUUCCAGAGAGUGGGGCAGUGGGUAUCGAUCAGUGCCAGCGGAGGAGGGACUCCUCCGUCUCUCUGGAUACAUUGAUUAGCAAGAAAGUGGAGAAGUGUCCUUCGACCAGUAUGAUGGAGGAGAGAGGGAAGAGGCCGGGGCUUACCGUAGAGUCGGUGACUUCCGUCGUUUUUGCAGCUCUUUCCAGGGGGAAUGAUGCAGACAUUGCAGAUAAAGCCAAAGUGAAAGCCAAGGAGGAUCUCACAUCUGGAGGGCUAGAAAGGGGAAAAGAUGCAGAGAAAGGCCAAACUGGAAUUAGAGAUUCUGAGAUGGGUGAAGAAGGGUGCAUUCCUGAUGGCAGGGUUGUGGUGAGUUGCCUUCAAACUCCUCAAAGUCUAACCUGGGAAUCGGACACUCACCCUGCAGAGCCCACGAAAGGGAAUGAUGGGGUGUGGACCUUUGCGCAGGGGGAGAAGGAAGAUGAGGGAGGACUAAGCGCCGACGAGGUUGCAGCUCUGGUAUCGGCAGUGACGGGUAGAAACAGAAAAAGGACAGCGUUCAUGAGAGACGACAGCCCGAAGAAGCUGAACGUCCUCUUUCCUAUUGACUCCAGCGAUGGUGUCGGGACUGGCAACAGCAUGUUCUCUAGGCGACGUGGUAAUCGAACUUCCCAUGACAAUGUUCGAGAUUCUGUUGCUGUCCGUGGGGUUUCUGAUGGGGCCAGCCCAAGUACGAGCACCAAAGUGCCAGAAAUUGGGCAUGACGUUCCCGGAAUUUCUGUCAUGGAAUGCGUGAAAAAGGCGGAAAGAACGGCGGCGCUUGCAGGGGAAGAGUUCACAACUGUGCUGCCCCAGUCGAGUGGGAGUUUGAAGGAACAAACCCUGCUUGCGGAAUGGGAGAAAGACGAAGCAACGAGAGCGUCGGAGGGGCUAUCUAGAAUCUCUGAGAAGGAGAAGAGCUUGGAGCCUUCGCCGCUAUCUCAACAUUGUGAACAGCAGGAUGACAAGCAGGCACAUAGCGAUCAAGUGGAUGCCGAAAUGGAGGAUAUGGAAAGUGGGUCUAUGAAGUCGAGUGAGAGGGAAACGACUCCGCUGUCUGCAGGGGAAAUACCGGUGGCUGCAAAGCAAAGGGCAGGGGGGUCAGGAUCCAAGGCCGGGAUCGAUGCUGGGGAGGAGCUUCCUUGUGUAAGCUUUUUGCCUGUGUCUGCAGCUGAGCUUGCAACAGCAAGCCCGACCGGACAUAGAUCGACGACUGCAGAAACGUCUGCUGAAGUACCUAGGGCAUGUACUCCCUCAGCGUCAGACUCGGCUUGCCCCGAAGGGACCUCAUCAUUUCCGCAAUGGAGCAAUAUCUGGGCUGUGGAGCUUAAGAGUACUACUGAGGAUGUGCCUGAGAGGAAAGAUAGAGGAACACUGCAUGCAGAUGAUAUAAUUUCCUCCGUGAUGAGCUCACUGCGGGUCCAGGUUCUGCGAAAGGUUUGUGCAGAAGCUGAUGUCGAUCAAUGCAAUGCACAGGCCAUCGGACAGUUGUCUGGUGUGGAAGGGUCAUUAUCGGCAAGCCAUCAGGAUAGUGACUCUGAAUUGCAGCGGGAGAUGAAUUUGGAAGGCAGCGAGGAGGCAAAAGAUGGCAGCGUGGAGAGGUCUAGUAGGUCUCUGAUGGAGGAAGCCACGGCCAAGGAAGCGAGACUGGGUGACGAUUUGAGUGGCCCUAAGGAUGAGGGAACGUCGGAAAUGUUGAAGGGCACGGUUAUGGCUCAAACUGCAUCAGAGAGGGGGAGUCAAGGUGGUCUUGAUAGCAGCAGUCCGGUUGAGCAGAGGGCGGCAUCCGGCGUGGUGCUUGAGGGCCCUGUUCAUUCUGCUGAUGGGUCGAGGGAACCUUCUUUUGGCAGGGUGCCAGUGGCCCGUGGGAUUUCUCCUGCCUCGGUUGGCCAAGCCAAUACCAGACCGUUCGAUGUACUUGAUCAUGAUCCAUCUGACACAUCAAGAGGGAAAGUAGUUUCGGCUAGAGCAGCACAUGCUAGUCCCGAACCCAGCCCCCCCGAGGGGUCUCUUGGCAGGGUGCCUGUGGCCCUUGUGAUUUCUCCUGUCUCGAUUGACCCAGCCAAUACCAGAAUGUCAGGAUUGACAGGAAGUGAAGAUGCUCUUGGUCAUCUUCCAUGUUGUACAUCAAGAGGGAAAGCUUUGGCACCUGUUAGCCCUGGACCCAGUCCUAAGGUGUUCCUUGGCGGGGUGCCCGUAGCCCGCGAGAUUUCCCCUGCGUCAAUUGGCCAAGCCAAUACUGGAAUGUCGUCAGGAGGUGAUGAUGCCCGUGAUCUUGUUCUAUCUGAUACCUCAAUAGGGAAAGCUUUAGCUGAAGGAGCACAUGCUAGCCCUGCACCCAUUCCUAAGGCGUUUAUCAUGCUUGCCACAGCAAAAGCAAGGGAGGCUGCGGUUGCUGUGGCAGGGGAAGCGGACUCAGCCGAUGUGGGCAUGUCUGCGCAGGAGAAGCGAAAAGCGGAGAGGCUGAAACGUGCUAAGGCCUUUGCUGCGAUGUUGAAGAGUGGGCUUGAAAAGGCUGCUGCUGCUAGUGCAGAGCAGGACAACUCCGCCGGACUGGCCAGUAAUGUCCUUCAAUCAUCAGAGAAGCAUGGAGUUGGAGACUCUCAGGUAGCAGGAAGCGGAGUGACCCCUCUAUCAAGGGCGGGUGAUCAGCGAGAUACAAGUCGCUCGUGUUCCAGGAUCGAAAAUCCGGCGGAGAGGGUUUCAAGUGAGAGGGCAACGGCGAGUGCAGAGAGAGAUUUGCUGGCGUUAGAGGAGGUACAGAAGGCGAAGAGUGACCGCUCAAGAUCACCGGGAAGGAGAGAGGAGUUUUGCUCUUCGCCGGAGCAGUGCUAUCGCAAUUUGCCGUCAGAUGAGGGUCACGAAGCAGGAGUUGAGAGGGACACUGCAGGUGCACAGUGGCGCGAAGGAAGCUCGACGCGAGACGAGAUAAAGAAAAAUGAGAUACAGAGGGCACCGGACCGGGGACGAACCAAAGAAAAUGUUAUAGAGGCUGGUCUGGUCACAGCAACAGGGAACGAGCUGCAGAAGGACCUACGGAUACAGGAGGAGGAAGAAAGAAGAUCAGUGGCUGAGGCAGCCAAGGAAGUGAGAAGGAAGAGUUUGCAUGAUGAGGGAGUGAAAUUGAGGGAUCAGCAGACCGGAACGGCGAAGGACGUCGAGCGAGAGGGGAAGAGGGAACAAGAUAAGCAAAAGGAGAAGGCAAAUGGAAUAGACGUGGCACGAGAAGAGCAUGACAGGGAACGGGAGGAGGGCAUCCGACAAAAGGGGAGGAGGGAACACGAUAAGCAAAAGGAGGAGGUGAAGGGAAAAGAUGUGGCACGAGAAGAGGAUGACAGUCAACGAGAGGACGACAUCCGAGAAAAGGGGAAGAGGGAACACAAUAAGCAAAAGGAGGAGGUAAAGGGAAAAUAUGUGGCGCGAGAAGAGGAUGACAGGGCAUGGGAGAGGAGAAAGAAGAGGGAAAGAAGGGAAGACCUAGCAAGAUCUCCUGGCCGGAAAAGAAGCCGUCAUCAACGCAGGGGAGAUGACUCCGGUAGUGAUCACACGCUUGAUAUAGAAAGGCGACGGCGGCACAAGGAUAGGAAGAGGGAAGCUGAAAAACAACCAUUUUCAGAUGAAUCUGAAGAUGAUGAUGUUUCCGUUGGUAGGGAUGGGUGGCAUCGGCACAAGGAUAGGAAGAAGUAUUCCACUGAUGAUAUUUCGUUAGAUAGAGAUACGAGGCAUCGGCACAAAGAUAGGAUGAGGGACAGUAGACACCACCCCUCUGGACAAGGAGUCAGGCUGAAAGCUUCAGUUGAGAAAGAGAGAGGCAAGCGAAGUGGCAGCAAGCUGGAAGGUCGUCGCUAGAGCAGUGGCAGCUGGGAGUCGGAUUACGGCUGGAGGAAAAGGAAGCUGCAUGUUUGCAAUUCUUGACGACAGAAUGUGCAUUGUUCAUGACCGUGCCUACAUCCUGAUUCCAUUCGCAGAGAAAUCCUGCUGACUGUUUUAUUGUUUGCGGAUUUUGUGUCCUUUAUGACAACAAUGUUCUCCAUGCGUUCUAUUGCCAGCAAUUGCCAGCCACACGGGAGAGGUGCGCAAUCUUCCAGAGAGGCAGCCGGCUUCUGACGACAGUGCUAGCGAAGCAGAGCAGUGUUCUGGGCUGCAGGCGUGACAGCAGUUGUCUGAAGGGUUUUUCUUUGUUAGUGGCUUUUAAUUAACAUCUCUGCAAAACUGCGCUUCCAGUUUGUUAAUUCUGAUGCUACUUGGCUUCUCCUAAGGCUUCCAGCAGAAGUAAACUUUUUCUCGGCAGGUAGGCGGCCUCUAGCAGUACGAGCGUUCAAGGGAGGCGGCUGUCAAUGGGAAGACGAUCCACGAGGCUGUGUUUCAGAACCUCUGAAUCCAGGAGCGGACGACUUUCCUCUUCUUGUGCCCAAAGAAGGGGAAAGAAUAAGGUGAUUGUGAAAUCUUUGUCUGGACCCUCGCUGUACCUACCGUCUUGAAGUUCACCCAAAUAGAACGCCCGGUCAUUAUCGCUGCAUCUGGACAGAAAAUGGCACAAAAUGCGGCUAUAAUGAUUGGGCUUUAUAUUCGGGUGAAGACGGUAGGUCUGCAGGCAUUGUUGACUUCUGUCUUCAACCAUUGCCAGUUUUGCUGCCAUUUACCCCUACCGGGCAAUGAGGGGUUGUGGAUUCCAACAUCAAUCCGGCUGUGUUGCACUGGCGCUGGCUCGUGGAUCGGCUUUUGUCAGAGGGAGAGUGAUUACUGCCUCUUGCCUGGCAUCCUCCGUUGCGUUAGAUGCAAUGUUCAGAAAGAGAUUGGUUUGUCGCCGUGAUUAAUUUCGGUAGGGGAUUUUGUUUUUGCCAGCCUCAGGAUGUUGGCCUGGUUGGUUGCACUGAAGCCAGAUAGUCCACUGGUUUUCAGCAAGGGAAGAGUGGUGAUUGCCUCUUGCCCUUCAUGAUUUGUUGCAUAAGAUGCCUGCUGCCUGCGAUUGGCCGACCAUGGGAUUUUUACUCUCUUUGUAGACAAGAAGUUCCAGUUGAUUGUUUUUUAUUUGCUGGUGCUGUAAGUAGCGACUCGAGAGUGUAACAUCGACAACGACGACAAGUCAAUUCAUGUGACAGCGACUUUCUUGCUUGACGCUGUGUCUGAGGCAUCCAGCUAUGGACUGGGUACGGCGACAAUUUCGCGUA